UAGUGCGGCCAGUGGAUGAUGGCUGAGCAGCCCUGCAAACAGCGCCAGAGGAGCCGCUUACAGGGCUCUUGAGAAAGUUGACUUAGAAAUAAUUCCUCUAAAACCUCGGUUUUGCCUUUCGUGAGGAAAAACCCUGCUCUGACGCUCAGAAGCUUUUCUUAAACAAGAACCGCACACAACAUGGAAUGGAGCCGGGCGAGUGGCCACGGUGGACGCGGUGCUGUCUCUCUGUCUGUCUGCCCAUCCAUGUCUGCUCCCACGAGCAGCCCAGGGAAGUCACAAGUUUGAGUCUGCCGCAGCGCGACCCCCUGACUGGGUCCAGUAUCCCACCUGCCGACUGCAAAACCCUCACAUUUCCUGUGCUACGUUUCACCUGUGUGUAAAACGGUGCUGGAAAUGAUUGGGGGCAUUAGUAUUCUGAUGAAGAGAGGCUGUGACAAAGACCGUGACUACAGGGCCUCCUGACUCUUCUGUGAUGCUGCCAGUGAUGUAGAGGGGACUGACUCCAAUUGCACCGUUUUCGAAAUAGCCCUACCAUGGUACGGAGAAAACAAACAGACGGGCAAUUCAUAACACGGGCAUGAUGUUUCCAGUUUUGCAGUGUUAGCUUUGCACUUUGUAAGGAAGAAUGAUAACAGGAUUUGGAAACCUCAUGCAGGAUGUGCUCUGGUGCUUUAGUCAAGUAAAAGGAACUAUAGAUAUUGGGGUGACAGAAGCUGACAUCAUCUCUACAGUAGAAUUCAACCACACUGGAGAAUUACUAGCAACAGGGGACAAGGGGGGCCGUGUUGUAAUAUUUCAGCGUGAGCAGGAGAGCAAAAACCAGCCCCAUCGCAGGGGAGAGUACAAUGUCUACAGCACCUUCCAGAGCCACGAGCCGGAGUUCGAUUACCUGAAGAGUUUGGAGAUAGAGGAGAAGAUCAAUAAGAUACGAUGGCUCCCGCAGCAAAACGCAGCCUAUUUCCUGCUCUCCACCAACGAUAAGACUGUGAAGCUAUGGAAGGUCAGCGAGCGGGACAAGAGGCCAGAGGGAUACAAUCUCAAGGAUGAGGAUGGCCGUCUCCGAGACCCCUCCAUGAUCACCAUGCUGCGGGUACCUGUGCUCCGGCCCAUGGACCUGAUGGUGGAGGCCACCCCCCGGCGGGUGUUUGCCAAUGCUCAUACCUACCACAUCAACUCCAUCUCCGUCAACAGCGACUACGAGACCUACAUGUCGGCGGACGACCUGAGGAUAAACCUGUGGAACUUUGAAAUCACAAAUCAAAGUUUUAACAUCGUGGACAUCAAACCGGCCAACAUGGAGGAGCUGACGGAGGUGAUCACGGCCGCCGAGUUCCACCCGCACCACUGCAACACCUUCGUCUACAGCAGCAGCAAAGGCACCAUCCGGCUGUGCGACAUGCGCACCUCCGCCCUCUGCGACCGCCAUGCCAAGUUUUUUGAAGAGCCCGAAGACCCAAGUAACCGGUCAUUUUUUUCUGAGAUCAUCUCCUCAAUCUCCGAUGUCAAAUUCAGCCACAGUGGGAGGUAUAUCAUGACCCGGGACUAUCUCACUGUCAAGGUGUGGGACCUGAACAUGGAGAACCGGCCCAUUGAGACCUACCAGGUUCACGACUACCUGCGGAGCAAGCUCUGCUCGCUCUAUGAGAACGACUGCAUUUUCGACAAGUUCGAGUGCGUCUGGAACGGGUCGGACAGCGUCAUCAUGACCGGCUCCUACAACAACUUCUUCCGCAUGUUCGACCGCAACACCAAGCGCGACGUGACGCUGGAGGCCUCGCGGGAGAACAGCAAACCCCGCGCCAUCCUCAAGCCACGCAAGGUCUGCGUGGGCGGCAAGCGGAGGAAAGACGAAAUUAGCGUGGACAGUCUGGACUUUAGCAAAAAGAUCCUGCACACAGCUUGGCACCCCUCCGAGAAUAUCAUCGCCGUGGCAGCAACAAAUAACCUGUAUAUAUUCCAGGACAAGGUUAACUAGGAGGACAAGUUGUUCUUUAGGAAUCUCAUGUACUAGUAAACACAAGAUUUCAAAUGUUUCUUUUCUUUUUCUUUCUUUCUUGCUUUCUUCCUUUCUUUCUUUUUUUUUCCUUUUCCUUCCUAUUCCUUUGUUCAGUCAUUCCUCUGCAGCUAGCGUUGUGCAGAGGGGAGCACCCCCAGGGCAGCGGGGGCACCCGGCAGACACCAGAUUUCUCUUUAUUUGCGCGUGGAGAGCGAAGGCGUAAGGUGUGCGGACAGGGAGGUGGAGGCUCUCGCUGCCCCGGUGUCCCCGGGCGGCACGGGGCUGCCUGUAGCUGCCCAUGUCCCAGCGUGGUGCCGGCGGCGUGGGCUGCCAGCAGCCGGCUGGGGGGAGAAGGGGCGCGGGGUGCACGCUGGGGGCCCCGGCGCAGUUUUAGUUACAGCGGAUUGUGUUAAACUUGGUCCUAGAAAUAUCCCACCUGUUACGUUGCGAGGCCAGAAUGUCGUCCCCUUUGCCAUUUUUCACAUUUGUCUUUUAUUAUUAUUAUUUUGUGUUUUUACCAACAGAGACAGCAAAACCAAACGUAAAAUGGAAAAGUUCAGAUUUGCAAUGGACAAGCGUAAAAAGGGGGGACCUGCUGCGCACCGAGCCGUGUCUGCUCUGGCCAGGCUCCUACCUCCCCCCACCCCACAGAAACUCUCCUGAGGAUUUGGCUUUGUAGAUACUGUGGUGCCUUUUUUGGUAUAUGAAAUACCUUUAUAAAUGAUGCUUCCAAACUGCAUUGAUUGCAAACCAAAUUGAACCUGGGCUUUUCUUCUGCAUUUCUUGUCUUUUGCUUUGGUCAUUUUUACUUGUUCUGUUGUAAGCUCUUGCAUGUUGUGACUGUCUCUCUCGCUCUCUCUCACCCUUUCUUUUUUAAUUAAUUUAUUUAUUUAUUCGACUUUUUUGAAGAUAAAAGUAUAGGUUGCUAAUUUAUGACCUUCUAAAAAAGAAUCCAACCGUAUAUUGCUGUUAGCACCUGACUGCUUCAGAGAGAGGCUGUCUGUGGUCCUACAUUAUAAUAAUAAUAAUAAUGAUAAUAAUAAUAAAAACAAUAACUCUUCCUCUUUGCAUGGCAAGGCUGCCCCUUUCUACUCUAAGGAUUGUUCAGGUCCCUCUUUUACUUGAGCAAUUCUUCAACAACAAAAAAAGAACUACUGAAUUUUCAGUCAAUCUGAAAACUGCUCCUGCAACAAAAAGCAAAUGAAUAUAUGAAGUCAAUUAAAAAAAUGCAACACUGUCACUGUAGAAGUGGCUCCGUAAGGGUGACCCUGUUGUGCAUCCGCUCCACGGGGGGCAGCGGGAUCCCAGCAGCGCCCGCAUCCUGACACGAGUCUCUACGGGCGACGUGCCCCCUGGGGCAGCCCCUCUGCGAGGCACCACGCGAUGCCCAGCGCCUCCGCGAUGGCCUCCAGCUCUUCCACCCGACCGGGAGAUGAACUGCCACCGGCUCCAGGAGCGCAGGGACCACAUGGAAAAGCGGUGCCCGGGCCGGGGGACGGAGCCCGGGGUGGUGCCCUGUAGGGACACCCCGUCCCCAGCGCAGGGCUGCAGCGGGGAGAACUUGCUGCCUUCAGAGGAGAGAUCACAAGGGAAAAAACAAAGUGCACUGGCUUAUAACUUUAUUACAAGUGAUGGCUUUCAGGAGUAACUUUUUUUUUAAAAAAUGAAAUGGUAAAAAAAAAAAUAGCAAGAGUAAAUGAAGCAUUUUUUAAAAAAAUGUUCUUUUUUGGUUCCUGUAAAGAAAGCCUGCACUCUGGUAUCAGAAGUAAAGUUGUC